AUGGAAGCGAGAAGUGCAAUGCACAUACUCAAUGCUCCAAGCACCAAAAGUCUGAAGUAUGCGAUCCAAUCUGGUCUCAUCAAGAACUGUCCUAUCACCGAAGAAGCGAUCAAUCAUGCCGAAGCAAUCUUUGGACCUGACGCCUCUACAUUGAAAGGCAAGUCAACAAGACCAACUCCAAAGAAGACGUACGACGACUUCUUCAGUCCACCAGAGGAAUUAUAUCAGCACAAUCGAUCUAUUACCGUCUGUAUUGAUCACAUGGAGAUCGAGAAUGCUAAGUUCCUCACCUGCAUUGAUACCACUGUGCAUUAUCGCUCAUGUAUUCCCAUGCAGAACCUGAAGACUGACCCUGUAUUUGAAGCAUUGGAUAAGAUAUUCCGCCGCUACAACAAGGCAGGCUUUCAAGUCAAGAUCAUCAAGUGUGAUCGGAUGAUAUGCUAG